AUGGUUAAUUCAAUAAUAUGUUAUCAAUGUACAGAUUGCCCUCAACCAUUUACUGAAAAUUAUCCUUAUGUUACUUUAACUAAUAAUACAAAUUUUCUGGCUAAAUGUGUUACAACAAUUGCGAAUCUAGGUGAUGGUCGUCGUUUAGUAUCAAAAGGUUCAGUAUUUUUUUGUCCAAUUCAAACAACACAAACAGAUGUUAAUAUAUAUUGUUGUGAUCGAGAUUAUUGUAAUUCAACUAUUCAUAUCGUUCCAUCAAUUCUUUUAUUCUUAUUUAUUUUAAUAAGAAUAUUUUUAUGA